AUUAUUGAAUUGAGAAAGUAAUGAAUAGUCAAGAAAUCAGACUCCAUUAUUUUUUUGUUGGGAAAAAGGACAGUUUUGCUACUCUUUUUUCUAUGGCUGUCAGCCGUAGACUGUAGACAAAACAUAGUUGCACCAAUUACAAGCAAUACCACUAGCAAAAGAGAGAGAGAAAUCAUUCUUGAUUACAUAUCAUUCUUAGCAUUCAACAGAUUUCAGAAAUGGAGAUUGGCUUAGCAGUUGGUGGUGCAUUUCUCUCUUCAGCUUUGAAUGUUCUCUUUGAUAGGCUUGCUCCUAAGGGUGAUCUGCUCAACAUGUUUCAGAAGCAUACGAAUGAUGUUCGGCUCUUAAACAAGCUGAGAAUGACUUUGCUUGGUCUUCAAGCCGUGCUAAGUGAUGCAGAGAAUAAACAGGCAUCAAAUCAAUUUGUGAGGCAGUGGCUUAAUGAGCUUCGAGAUGCUGUGGACUCUGCUGAAAACUUAAUGGAACAAGUCAAUUAUGAAGCUUUGAGGCUUAAGGUGGAAGGUCAGCAUCAAAAUCUUGCAGAAACAAGCAACCAGCAAGUAAGAGACCUCAACCUGUGCUUGAGUGAUGAUUUCUUUCUUAACAUAAAGGAGAAGUUGGAAGAAACCAUUGAAACAUUAGAGGUAUUGGAAAAGCAAAUUGGUCGCCUUGGCUUAAAGGAGCAUAUUGGUUCGACUAAACUAGAAACUAGAACACCUUCAACUUCUUUGAUUGAUGAUUCUGAUAUCUUUGGAAGGCAGAAUGAUAUAGAGGAAUUGAUUGGCCGUUUAUUAUCUGAAGAUGCAAGUGGGAAAAAGCCGACUGUAGUUCCUAUUGUUGGAAUGGGCGGCGUGGGUAAGACAACACUUGCUAAAGCCGUUUACAAUGAUGAGAAGGUGAAGGACCAUUUUGAUUUGAAAGCUUGGUUUUGUGUUUCUGAGGCAUAUGAUGCUUUCAGAAUAACAAAAGGGUUACUUCAAGAAAUUGGCUCAUUUGACUUAAAGGAUGACAACAAUCUUAAUCAGCUACAGGUCAAAUUGAAGGAAAGCCUGAAGGGAAAGAAGUUUCUUGUUGUCCUUGAUGAUGUGUGGAAUGAUGACUAUAAUGAGUGGGAUGACUUGAGAAAUCUUUUUGUACAAGGAGAUAUAGGAAGUAAGAUCAUUGUGACUACACGAAAAGAGAGUGUUGCCUUGAUGAUGGGUCGUGGGGCAAUCUACGUGGGAAUUCUGUCUAGUGAAGACUCUUGGGCUUUAUUCAAACGACAUUCACUAGAAAAUAGGGAUCCUGAGGAACAUCCAGUAUUUGAAGAGGUUGGAAAACAAAUUGCAGACAAGUGCAGAGGGUUGCCUUUAGCUCUAAAGGCACUUGCUGGUAGUUUACGCUCCAAAUCAAAACUGGAUGAGUGGAGAGACACUUUAAGAAGUGAAAUUUGGGAGCUGCCAAGUCAUUUGAAUGGUAUAUUACCAGCGUUGACGUUGAGCUACAAUGAUCUUCCUACACAUUUGAAGCAAUGUUUUGCUUAUUGUGCAAUAUAUCCCAAAGAUUAUCAAUUUCGCAAAGACCAAGUUAUUCACUUGUGGAUUGCUAAUGGUCUUGUACAGCAGUUUCUUUCAGGUAAUCAGUACUUUCUUGAGUUGAGAUCAAGAUCAUUGUUCGAAAGGGUCCCAGAGUCUAAAGGGAAACCGAAGAAAUUCUUAAUGCAUGACCUUGUCAAUGAUUUGGCCCAAAUUGCAUCUUCAAAACUUUGUAUUAGGUUGGAAGAGAACGAAGGAUCUCAUACGUUGGAACAAAGUCGGCACAUGUCCUAUUCCAUGGUAGGAGAUGGUGAAUUUGAGAAGUUGAAACCACUCUCCAAAUCAAAGCAGCUGAGGACAUUGCUUCCAGUCAAUAUCUUGCACGGAUGUCAGCUAAGCAAGAGGGUGCUGUAUAACAUAUUGCCAAGGCUAACAUCCUUAAGGGCAUUAUCAUUGUCAGGUUAUAACAUUGUGGAGUUGCUGGAUGACUUGUUUAUCAAAUUAAAGCUACUGAGAUUUUUGGACCUUUCUAAGACAAGGAUUAAAAAGUUGCCAGAUUCCAUUUGUGCAUUGUAUAACUUGGAGACACUUCUCUUGUCAGAUUGUCGUUAUCUUGAGGAGCUACCGCUGCAGAUGGAAAAUUUGAUUAACUUGCGUCAUCUUGACAUAAGCAACACUCCUCGCUUGAAGAUGCCGCUACAUCUGAGCAAGUUGAAAAGAUUCCAAGUGCUAGUGGGAGCCACGUUACUUCUAGGUGGUCGCGGUGGUUUGAGAAUGGAGGAUUUGGGUGAAUUGCAGAACUUGUAUGGAUCUCUAUCAAUUCUAGAGUUGCAAAAUGUGGUUGAUAGAAGGGAAGUUCUGAAGGGAAAGAUGACUCAGAAGAAUCAUGUUGAGAAAUUAUCUUUGCAGUGGAGUGAAAGUAGUACUGCCGAAAAUUCACAAACUGAAAGAGACAUACUUGAUGAGCUAUGCCCACACACAAACAUAAUAAAACUCCAAAUCACCGGAUAUAGAGGGACAAAAUUUUCAAAUUGGCUAGCCGAUCCUUUGUUUCUUAAGCUGGUGAAAUUGUCUAUUCACGACUGCAAGAACUGUGAUUCCUUGCCAGCACUAGGACAGCUUCCUUCUUUGAAAAUCCUUUCCAUUAGAGAGAUGGAUCGAAUAACUGAGGUGACGGAAGAAUUCUACGGCAGUUGGUCCUCCAAAAAGCCUUUUAACUCUCUUGAGUAUCUUUUCUUUGCAGAGAUGCCAGAGUGGAAGCAAUGGCACGUACUAGGAAAUGGAGAGUUUCCUAUACUUGAGAGCCUUUCAAUUGACAAUUGUCCGAAGUUGAUGGGGAAGUUGCCUGAAAAUCUUUGUUCUCUGACAAAAUUGAGAAUUUCAGCGACACCUCUUCUUGAUGAUGCUGAACUGUCUACAUCCCAACUUGAGGGAAUGAAGCAGAUUGAUGAAUUAUAUAUCUAUAAUUGUAACUCUCUUACCUCCUUACCUUUUAGCAUUCUGUCGAGUACCUUGAAGAGUAUAUCGAUAUCUUGUUGCCAGAAAUUCAAAUUGAAGGCACUAGUUGGUGAGAUGAGUUAUUGUAACAUGUUUCUUGACUAUUUGCUACUGAACGAAUUUUGUUGCCAGAACCUUACUAGGUUUUUGAUUCCAACUGAGCCUGAAACUCUCAGUAUUUUGGAUUGUAAGAAUGUCGAAAUACUUUCGGUGGCAUGUGGGGGGACCCAGAUAACGUCUUUGUUAAUUGAUGGCUGUUCGAAGCUGAAGUGGCUGCCAGAACGUAUGCAGGAACUCCUUCCAUCUCUUAAAACACUGCUUCUUUCGAAUUGUCCAGAAAUAGAGUCCUUUCCUGAAGGAGGAUUGCCCUUCAAUUUACAAGUCCUUACUAUCCGGAAUUGCAAGAAACUGGUGAACGGCCGAAAGGAGUGGCGUUUACAGAGACUCCCCUGUCUCAGAAGGCUAGAAAUCAAUUAUAAUGGCAGUGACGAAGAGAUCGAGCAUUGGGAGUUGCCUUCCUCUAUUCAAUGUCUUACCAUACGCAAUCUGAAGACAUUAAGCAGCCAAGUUUUAAAAAGCCUCACCUCUCUUGAAUCUCUACUUAUUGGUAAUUUACCUCAAAUUCAGUCACUGCUGGAAGAAGGGUUUCCCUCCUCCCUCUCGAAGCUGACCAUCAGUGAUUGCCCUAAUCUCCAAUCACUUUCCGAAUCAGCACUGCCCUCCUCCCUCUCUAAGCUGGCCAUCGAUGAUUGCCCUAAUCUCCAUUCACUUUUCGAAUCAGCACUUCCCUCUUCCCUCUCUAAGCUGACCAUCGAUGAUUGCCCUAACCUCCAAUCCCUUCCAGUAAAAGGGAUACCCUCUUCCCUCUGUAAACUAUGUAUUCUCAACUGCCCAUUGCUCAAACCACUACUAGAAUUUGACAAGGGAGAAUACUGGCCAAAUAUUGCUCAAAUUCCUAUCAUAGUGAUCGAUAGUUAAUAUCUGUAAUGAUUUAAACGAAUGGUGCUAUGACAAAUACUGGCCAUCAUGAAAGUUGCUCCACAUUUUUCGUCUCUUCUACAGAGAUAAAGGAACCAAGAAAUCCAACCUCACUUUCUCAAUCAGCAGGUAGCCAAGACCUUGAUAAGAGUUCGUCGAGCUUGAAAUUUAAAGAAAUUGAAAACGACUUUGAAUGUCUGCUUCCACAUUGAUUUAAAGUUUGAUGCGACUGCAUUAUUACAUCAUUUUUUUUUUCGUUGUGAUAUUAAAUGAUCUUGAAUAUUACAUCGGUUUUUUGGUUUUGAUAUUCCGAGAACUUUCGAGAUAAAUUAUGAAGUUUCCUCAAAUUAUAUAUGUCCAUUACUCAACCUCAAGUGACACCUCAGAACUAGCGGAAAGUCAAGGAAGUAUAUCAUGCUCGGGGUGAAUUCAAGUAAGGUUGUGAUUUCCAAAUCGUACAGCUGUCUACUUUGGCUUGCUUGAGAUGAAGCAUGACUUGCUGCAAAUUGACCAUCUAGCUCUAAUGAAACACAAAGGAUUUUGACAAGACUCAACAACUAUUUGGGAAGUGAAAAGUUUCAAAGGUCUCUCUGCUCAAGUCAAGAAGUGAAAGUUGUUGAACCUUCAAGUGGAUGCUACUAUGAUGUUCUUUUUACUUUGGAUACCAAGAUGGAAACCAAAAGAUGACACAAUUAUUGGACAUUCUGGAUUGAGAAGUCGGAAUUUCUGGACGCGAAUGAUUAGAGAAAACUGUAAGUGCAAUGUAAAAUUUAUAAGAAACAGGGGAAACUAUGAGGAGUUAAAUCUGUUUGCAUAAUUUUUUAAUGUUGUUAUUACUGAAUAAAUGAUGUACGCGUAUUUCUGUUCAUUCUACUUUUCCUUUCUCCUCCUUAUAUAAUAUAUUUUCUUUGGUGGAAAUCAUCCCAUACAUGGGUGGAGCUAGAGAGGAAGCUAUGGGUUCGACAGAGACUGGUAACUAUACAAAACAAGAUAAACAUUGUAAUGCAUGCUCUACGAUUACAGAGAACCUCUUCUUAGUCAGGAUUUUGGUAACAAUGUGUAAGGUGUUACAGCUCUUAGCUCAGUUGGUAAAAGGAGAUUUUUGCUGCAAUUCUCUGUUGGAUAGACAGUUACUUGAAUGUGGUCGUGACAAAAAAGUAUAUGUAGUUGCAGAGAUGAAGUCUCUGUGAGAGUGGUAAGAUAUCAUUUAAAGCGUAUGGCAAUCUGGCUCGGCAAGAUCAGUUUGACAUCCCAAACAGUGAAGAGCUUAAUAGAAUGAAGGAAGAAUCGGUGGAACUCUCAAGCAUAUGAAUCUAAUCUUCCAGCAUAACUUGAAAAGUGUCCUAACAAGUCUAUCUUCAUAUUUGUUGGCAAGGAGAAGCUCCUUCAUCAUCCAACAUCAGCAAUAGUUUCACUCUCCAUCAGUAGCAGAGAGAAAUAAGAAAUGAAGAAGACGGGACUAGGGAUUUCAGACGUGUUUCGAUUAUUCCUAGGUCCUUAUUCUAUUUCUAGAAAUGAUCUCUUGAUAGAUGCAUUCUAGACCAUUUGAUGAAAAUAAAUAUCUGGUAAAGAAGCAUGUGAGCAGCACACUAUUUCGGCCUAGAAAGGAAUAAAGUUAGUUACAUAGUUAGAAUAUUUUGAAUAGGAUUUGUACAAGUGUACAUCUAAGUAUUUUUCUUUUUUUAUUAUUUUGUACAAAAUACUUGUAUAAAGAGAUGACAUGGGAAUCAAUAAAAAUAUCAGAGAUAAUUUCCACAAAGUUUCUUGCUAGGAUGGAGGAGAUCCAUCUUGAUAGCCCUUUCAGCUAAGAGGAAGCUUGGAUUUAUCAAUGGAGCUUGUAAGGCACCAGUUCCUGCUUCUCCAGAUUUCUCUCAGUGGAGCUGUUGCAAUGACAUGGUGACUUGUUGGUUGCUCAAUUCAUUGUCCAAAGACAUUGGGGACACUGUCAACUACUCCACCACUGCAAAGGAGUUGUGGGGCAGCCUUCAACAGAGGUUUGGUAAGUCUAAUGGUACCAAACUCUUUCACCUUCAAAAAGAACUAAAUGGAUUAGUGCAAGGAAAUUCUGAUGUAUCGGGAUAUUUCACAAAAUUGAAACGGUUGUGGGAUGAAUUAGACUCCUUGAAUGCAGGAUUAGAGACUGAUUCAAUUCUUAAUGGGGCUGAAUGAUGUUUAUGCACAAGCUAGGGGUAACAUAUUGAUGAUGAAUCUCCUGCCAAGAAUGGACCUUGCUUAUUCACUGUUGUUGCAGGAUGAAAAUAAGAGAGAAAUCUAUGUGAAUGCACAAGUAUUUUCAGAUCCAUCCUCUUUCAUGGUAACAAAUCAAGGGAAGCCAAAUUACAGGACUGGUAAUCAGAAUUUCAGGAAUGCAAAUGGUAAUCAAAACUUCAGGAAUGUUAAUGGCAAUCAGAAACCUGAAAUUCAUCCUCAGAGACUUAGUAUUGCACAGCUGAAAUUUAAAGGGAAGAAAGCAAGUACCACGCAAUGUGACUUGCACAUAUUGUCUCAAAAUAGGGAAUGUCAUGGCUGAUUGGUUUCCUUGAGGAUUUUGAGUUCAAUAAAGAAAAGAACUCUUUGCUCACAGUGAAUGAAAGGAAAUGCAGCUAUUGGAAGAGAAGACAUUCAAGAGCAUAAUGAAGGAACAAGCCCUUUCCAGCAUUUCAGUAAGGAACAAAGAGCAUAGAUCGCUCAGAUGUUCAAGCAGAUGCAGAUGACCUACCACAGAGAUCCAUGCAAAUGUUGUAGCUGGUACCAUUCUUAAAUACUCAGGAUCAUGUUUUUCAGUUUUUAAUUCUACAACCUGGAUCAUUGACUCAGGAGCAUCAGAACAUAUGUUUUUUUGAUGCUUUUAAUUUUCUUCUAUGACCCCUCUUCCUACUCCUAUAAACAUCCGUUUACAUAGUUUUUCCAAGGUAACUGUCACCUAUAUAGGCAGGUUUCUAUUCUACCCAAUCUCACUCUAACUAAUGUUCUUUGUGUUCCAGUUUUUACAUACAAUCUUCUCUCUGUGCAUA